GCUGGCUCGGUUAGUUAGCUAGCUGGAAGAAGCCCGGCUGCGAGCCUGCGGGUUGUUUUUUUUUAAGUAUUUUUAUUUUUCUGAAAGAACUGAGAGGACUAUACACUGCUGAAUUACCACCCACUUCUCCCGCUCGCGAGAGAGGACAGUACCGGCCCGUGACUCCGCCAGAUCCCAAUGAUGAGUUAUGCUGAAAAGCCAGAAGACAUCACAAAAGAUGAGUGGAUGGACAAAUUAAACAAUGUGCAUAUACAGAGAGCGGACAUGAAUCGACUCAUUAUGAACUACCUGGUGACAGAGGGCUUCAAAGAGGCAGCAGAGAAAUUUCGGAUGGAGUCUGGGAUCGAGCCGAGUGUGGACCUGGACUCUUUGGAUGAGAGGAUAAAGAUUAGAGAGAUGAUCCUUAAGGGCCAGAUACAGGAGGCAAUUGCCCUCAUCAACAGCCUACAUCCAGAGCUGCUUGACACCAAUCGAUACUUGUAUUUUCAUCUGCAGCAACAGCAUCUGAUUGAGUUAAUCAGGCUAAGAGAAACUGAGUCAGCGCUGGAAUUCGCUCAGACACAACUUGCAGAGCAGGGGGAGGAGAGCCGAGAGUGUCUGACAGAGAUGGAGCGAACGUUAGCCCUUCUUGCCUUCGACAACCCAGAGGAAUCACCAUUCGGAGACCUUCUCAACAUGAUGCAGCGGCAAAAAGUGUGGAGCGAGGUGAACCAAGCUGUGCUGGACUAUGAAAACAGGGAGUCAACACCCAAACUGGCUAAACUCUUGAAGUUACUACUUUGGGCUCAGAAUGAGCUGGACCAGAAGAAGGUGAAAUAUCCCAAAAUGACUGACCUCAGCACAGGCGCCAUCGAGGAGCCCAAGUGAAGACCACGGAUCAAAACAAGCACCUUUCACAUCCCCUUAAUUUAUGACCAGUCAGUGACUGUGUGACAACCAGGUGACAUAUAUGUAUAAAAACAGGCUGUUUUUUUUUUUUUUUUCCUUUUUUCAUAUUUUGCUUCUGAGAGAUAAGAUAAAACCCAUUGUGCAAACUGUAUAUUUCUGUAUUUGCAUAGUAACAGGAAUUAUUGUUUUAAUUCUGUUUGAUUUAAGAUAGGUCUCAGUGACAUCAAAAUUCCAGUUGCUAAGCUAUAUUUUGUAUUUUUAAAGCCUAAGAUGAUAGUAUUAUUUAUUGUGAUCAUUUUACCAGGCGCGGUUUUAUUUUGUGAGAAUGAGUCAGUGGAGUAAAUGAACAAUGGUGACGGUGUGUGAGGCUGAAAUCUGAGCUCUCCACGAAGAAGGGCUGUAUAGAUGAAACAGUGGAGACAAAAUUCAUGCCCUUAAGGAGCUGGAGAAUGGUAAAUUUAAAAAUCUGAAUUUAAUAAAUAAAAUGUCUUUUUUUCAAAUCAAUAGAAAUCUUCACAUUAUUAUUAUUAUUAUUAUAUAGGUUUUAUAUAUUAUUUUACAUAUGUGUGUGUAUAAAUUCCCCACAAUGUCUAUUAUAAAAUCAGAAAUGCUUUUCAAACUGAAAUUAUAUGGUUUAUUUGUCGAUAGCAUGAGCCAACUCUUGAAUUCAUCUUUUUAUUAGUUUCAAGCUGAAAUAAGUCCACACUGAAGUUGAAAUGAGGCAUGUAGGUUUUACUGAGUUGAUUUCUUGGUUGACCCCCUCACCUCCCCACCAGCCCCAGGUCAUUACAUCUGCUUCAUGUUCAACUUGUCUGAGAUAACAGAUCUUUCCAGUCUUGCUGACGGCUGCAGGAUCAGCAAUUAGGAUCUGUCAAGUUCAUCUCAUGUUCGGAAAUGCCUUCAGGCCAGAACAGAUUUUGUUUUUUUGUUCACUGAUUUUUUUUUUCAUGCUUUAGUUAAUAAUCUAAACUGGUUAUUUUAGAGGGGUGCUUUUUGUCUUUCCACUUUUUAAAGCUGUUAGUGUUUGGAAAUUUUCAGCAUGUCUUUGUUUCCUUUAUGAUAACAAGGAACACAAUUUAAACACAAAAGAAAACGCACCUUGCAAGGUUUUAUUGUUUUGUUUAGUCAUUGCCUCCGGCUCCCAUGCUUUUUUCUUUUUUCUU